GUGCAAACAUGGCCCGAGGCACAGAUGCUGUAAACACUAUGAAGAUAAUUGCAUCUCGUACUGCGUUAAAGGCUUCAUUAGGAUGUUUAGCAUUGGUUACCUGAUCCAGUGCUGCCUUCGGAUUCCAUCCACCUUCCGGCAUCUGUUUACUGAACCAUCCCGGCUACUUUCCCUCUUCUACAACAAGGAAAAUUUCCAGCUUGGAGCUUUUCUGGGAUCUUUCGUUAGUAUAUACAAAGGUACAAGUUGCUUCCUGCGUUGGAUACGAAACCUCGAUGAUGAACUUCAUGCACUUGUAGCUGGGUGCCUAGCAGGGAUUUCGAUGAUGUUUUACAAAAGUACUACUAUCUCUAUGUAUCUGGCAUCCAAAUUAGUAGAGACUAUAUACUUCAAAGGCAUUGAAGCAGGGAAGGUUCCCUAUUUUCCUCACGCGGACAGCAUCAUCUAUGCCAUUUCUACGUCAAUAUGCUUUCAGGCAGCUGUCAUGGAAGUACAGAACCUGAGACCUUCAUACUGGAAAUUUCUUUUACGACUAACGAAGGGCAGGUUUGCCCUCAUGAACAGGAAAGUUUUAGAUGUAUUUGGUACUGAAGCAUCCAAGAACUUCAAGGAUUUCACACCCAAGCUUGACCCAAGAUACACGGUUGUGCCACCAGAGCUACCACUGGAGUUGUCUUGAAAACGAUGGUGUAUCUUGGCAUUGAAUGUGAUGAGCAUUUUGUCCUGAAAAGUUAAUUAACUUAACAGUCAUAUAUAUGGAGGAGGGCUUGGGAUCCACUUCAGUAUUAUUUCAAUGAGAAAUGCUAUUUACCAAUCAAAAAUACUGAAGCUUUGCAUGAAGAUGUGGCUUAGUGAUUAAGCCCCUUCCAGAAGCAGAAAAUAUUUCUGGAUUACUGUAGUUGGUUGAGAGUAUGGUAGAGUCUUGAAUGAAUUAAACAAAUGAAUAAUAUAUUUAGAGAAGUCAAACAUAAAUAUGCAUAAUAAUUUUCAAAAAUUCCAUAGUUCACACCAGUAGAAUAUGUCUCGGUCAAACUAAAAGUAAUUCUUAAUUUACAAAGGCAUAGUUUAGGUCCAGAAUUUUACCUGAUCUUAAAACUAUUGCAGUCGGGU